UCAUUCUGUUCUUUCUCUCCUCUUUAUUUUCUUUUCCUUUUCCCUUUCUCUGUCCCUGUUCCUCUGCACCUGUCUCCGCCACCCCCUCCCCACCUAUUUUUCUAUUCACUGUAAAAAGAGCUUGAAAAGGGCUCGAAAGGAUCGACGACAUCGAUUGAGAGACUCAACAGGAACGUAAAAAAGUUAGAAGCCUUUAUCUUCGUUACACUACCACUACUACUACUACUACCAUCACCACUACUACUACUUUCUUCGACAGUAUUGAAAGUGAACAAGCCGUCAAGAUGUUGCCUGCUAACGUGAUGUCCUUCAUGAAAAAGAUGGUGACGACGCAAUCGGAAUCUGGGACGACCGGUGCCGUUACACCAGAAGAAAGUGGAACCACAUUCAGUAAAUUGCGACAACUGGGUAGCGGAUUAAUGAUGGUAACCGGAAACGUCACAAAAUUGGCUCCAGCUAAAGUCACCCCAGUCGAAGAAAUCCAACCAAAGGAAGACGCCAUCGAAGCGAUUAUAAAAAAACCAGAUGGGGGAAGUAAAAUAAGCAGCGGGGAAGAAUGUCGAGUUUGCCGGAAAUCAUUUGGACCGGAAGAAAGCUCGAGGACUUGCUGCGAGUGUCAACACAAAGUUUGCGAGGAUUGUGCCUCAUACUCGACGACAACGAAUUCAAACGAUCAGUCAUCUUGGAGAUGCAGCGUUUGUCGUCGAAAAAUUGCCUCGAGGGACCAGCCAAUUUUAACGCAAGAUUCAACAGAUUCUCUUCUCGAAGUACCGAACAUUGAAGCAUUGCAAAGAAGACAUAGCGAAGCAAGACUUGGUAGCAAAAGUGGUAGCCAAAUUGGUGGUAUUGGAAGUGGCUUGGCACCACCAAGAAGUCCAGAAUUGCGAAGACACUCUGACGUUUCAACAUUGAAGGAACUCGAAAAGUUUCGAAAGGUUGCAGGGGAUCACCGAGACGACCUCAAAUGGGAUAGAGAAUUCGGUCGUAAGAGUAAAUCAAGAGGUGGAUCACCGGACCGUCAUCAGUCAGAUAGAGGAAGAACAACGAGUCCUCAGAGAGUUAUCAAAAGUUCUCAGCCUCCAGUCGAGCCGGAAAUGGUGGGUACAGGUGACAUGGACGAGGAAGAGGAACGAAGACGACGAGCCAAUCGUCGUGACGGUAGCUCAGGUCGUCGUAAAUCUCGCGUGACAAGACAGAGAUCUUACGACGACGAGAUCAAAACAGCUGGGACGGUUAGCGGAAGUACGAAUCAGACUCCACAUCCGGAUACGGGUCUUGGUCUUCCGGUUCAACUACCAAGACGUGCUUCUGCUUACGACGUUUACACGCCACCCGGAAGUGCUGGCCUAAACGCGGCCGCCAUUGCUUCGGCACAACAAAGGACCUCCAUUUCGGCUCAAGGUGCUCGAGAACCAGAAGACAGACCAAUCACGCGUAGAGCAUCAUUUCGCGGAGUUAAAUCAAUAUUACCGUACGAUGUUGGUGGUGAAGAAGAAAAGAUCAUCAACAUGGAUACAACAACGGUUCCUGUAGUACCACCGACUGUAACUCAACCGCCUGUUUUGAUACCUGACGAGGAAAGACGUUCCAGGCGAAGGGGAUCACAAUUACCAGACAUAAACGCGAUAAGAGCACUAACAUCGGCUCCAGGAUCAGGCAAAGCUGCGCAACCAGUUGUCGUCAGCAGAGUCACCGCAGAGGAACGUGACUUACCUAGACAAGGUAGUCUUGUUGAUGGGGAGGGUAUUAAGAUUGUUAUUCAUGACGUCGACAGUGAUGUUGUUCCACGAGUUAACAAAGUGAAACUAAGGAGAGAUCCGGUCUUGGACAAAGGACACAGAAUUACAGCACGCGGUUUUGGCAUGAGAGUUGUUGGUGGAAAAACAGGAACUGACGGUAGAAGUUUCGCAUAUAUCGUUUGGACCGUUCCCAAUGGCCCAGCUGAAAAAGCCGGACUAACGCAAGGCGAUAAGGUUUUAGAAUGGUCAGGUGUUUCUUUGAUCAACAAAAAUUUCGAGGAAGUAUCACAAAUCAUUGACCAAACCGAGGAUGUCGCUGAGCUUCUCGUUGAACAUUCAAGUGACAAUUUAAGUGAUUUAUUGGACGAUGCUGGAAUGAUAUCGUCCGGAAAAUCAUCCGGCAUGAACCUUCUAAUGGAAACCGAAACGGACAAAACACCGUCCUCGCCGACGCGCAGGAAAUUGCCAAAAACGCCGGAACAAAUCUUAAAAGAGAGACAAGUGACCGGACGUGUCCAGAUUCAAGUGUCCUACGAAAACGAAAGGAAAGAAUUGAUCGUCUCAGUAUUCACGGCUGAUGAAUUAUGUGCCAGAGAAGAUACUGGUUAUGGAACGUUACCUGAAGCGUAUGCCAAGUUGAUCCUAACUCCAGCUUGGUACGUUCAGCAUCAGCCACGCGGAGAUCAAAUCACAUUAAAAACAAUGGUGGCUGAACCAACCCAAAACCCUAUUUGGAAUGCCACCCUAUUGUUUCCUGGAGUGGACGGUGAAAGUCUGAUGAAUAGAGCGAUCGAAGUAUCUCUUUGGGAUUAUUGUCCCGAGGGUGAUAACGUCUUUCUCGGUGAAUGUACGGUGGAAUUACCAAAGGCUUUGGAAAAUGAUCGAGCUGUUUGGUAUCGUUUGGAGGAUCCCCGAGGUCUUCGUUCUGGUAAAUCGCCAUAUUGCUCGCCACGUGGCUCCUUGUCAAUGGAAGUUGCACAAAGAUUCCUGAGAAAGACCGAAUUACGUGAGAGAAGUUACAGCGACGACACACAAAGCGACAGCGGAAGUCCCGAACUUGGUUUCUUACAUCCCGAUCACGCCUGGCACGUCAAUUCGAGACGUGGCUCCAGCCAAUCGGAACAACUCGAGGUCGAGCCCUAUGAACUUAAUAGGGAUUACAGUAGAUCUUUACCAGGAAGUCGUCGAAGUAGUUUCCAAAGUCAAUGUGGAACUGAUAGCAAACGUGGAAGUAUGGGAGAAGCAGACAUGCCUAUCGUCGUUCAUUACAAUCGUGAUCGACGACGAAGUUCUUGCACAAGGCCUAUGAGAGAUCCCGAAGAAAUAUUAGAAGGUCUGCGUACUUUGAAAGCUGCAAAGGGUGAACUAAGCAGAACGAUGAGUCUUACAGGAGAUAAAAGACGCGGAAGCCGUGAGUAUAAACGACGGGGUGAGCGCAAAGGGAGCGUUAUGGAUAUACCCGAAAGAUUCUUGGAUCAAAAUAACGAAUUGGAUGAGGAGGAUAGAUGGAGUUAUGCAAGAGCUGAGAAUGGUUUCGACAGGACACUAGGAAGAGGUCAAAUUCUACCGAAAGGAAUCAAAAUGAUCAAUAGUCCACAAAACGGCGAGGUGCAGCUAGGUUUUUGUUUCAGCAAGAAUACUCUCGAGGUUGAAGUUAUCUGUGCUAGGGACAUUUGCCCUAAGGAAAAGGAUGAACCCGAUACCUACGUGAAAACAUAUUUACGGGACGGUGAAAGAUGGCUGCAGAAAAGGAAAACAAGAGUGAUUCGGCACACGCGUAAUCCUCAAUAUCGGCAGACCUUGAAAUACAGCAUCUGCGAUGCACUCGAUAGAAAUCUUCUAAUAAUGUUGUGGGAAAAAAAACAAGGAUUCGAGAGUAAUCAAGGCUUGGGUGGCGCCGAAGUGAACCUUAAGCUAUUGCCAUUAACACAAUUGACCGUAGAUUGGUAUACUCUCUUCCCGAUCCAUACUUUAGGCACACAAACGACUGACUCGCCAUGAUGGUUAAGGGAAAAAUGGGCUCUCGAAGCUGGCGAACUCGACCUCAGGCUUAGUCUUUUACUCAAGGAUGAGGGAGAAUCCGUCGUUAAGAUCAUCUCUUGAUGGAAAUUCUGGAUAAUCGAAUCGUUCGUACGAAUUUUAAAUAUUUUUAUUUAUCUUCUUUGUUUCCUUUUUAUUUUUUUGUUUUUUUUUUUUCUUCAAAAAAAAA